AUCCUACCCACCGUAAUAAUAUGGGGAAAUUAAAAGAGGGUUUUGGAAUAAUUUAGAAGGAAAAAGAAAAAAAAAAAGAAAAGAAAAAGAAAACCAGUGGGGCGACAAAGAAGAAAAGCCGGGGGUUUAGUGAGCGGCGAUGGUCGACUCCUCCUCGUCGUCCUCCUCCUCUACUCUCUUAUAAGCUUCGCGGCACCAGCAUCGUCUCCCCCGUCAUCAUCAUCAUCAUCGUCAUCGUCAUCGUCAUCGUCUCCUGCCACCUCUUCAACAAUGGCCUCCGCCCUCGUGAGCCGCGCCAUCGCGGGGGGGCUCCGCUCGAUCCGGCCCUCGAUUCGCCCUUCGCGCGAGGCGACGAGGUUCUGCGGCCACUUCGCAAAGGAAACUCUCCUUCCCUUGCUUCGUUACGCAUCACAUCUCCUCCUUGUUUUGGGGUUUCUGAUCCCGCCGAAUAAAGCGCCUUAUGUCCGUGCGCACGGUUUAUCUUUUGUUCCCCCAUCUUUCGGUUUUGCUCGAUGCAAUGUAACCGCUUCAUCUAGCAUGAGACUGAGUACAUUGGCGAUUCAUUCCGUGCCGCAUAAUGAACCUGUUGUUUCUGCUGAAUGGCUUCAUGCCAAUCUCAAAGAGCCAGAUGUAAAGGUGUUGGAUGCGUCUUGGUAUAUGCCAGAUGAGCAGCGGAAUCCGCUUCAAGAAUAUCAGGUGGCCCACAUUCCGGGUGCUUUGUUCUUUGAUGUUGAUGGAAUUUCGGACAGAACAACUAAUUUGCCUCACAUGCUGCCGUCAGAAGAAGCUUUUGCUGCUGCUGUUUCUGCUCUUGGUAUCUAUAAUAAGGAUGGGGUAAUUGUUUAUGAUGGAAAGGGGAUAUUCAGUGCAGCUCGUGUAUGGUGGAUGUUUCGAGUCUUUGGACACGAUAAGGUUUGGGUGUUGGAUGGAGGUUUGCCACAGUGGCGUGCUUCUGGAUAUGAUGUUGAAUCUAGUGCCUCUGGUGAUGCAAUUUUGAAGGCCAGUGCUGCUAGCGAAGCAAUUGAGAAAGUUUACCAAGGACAACCAGUUGGCCCGUCCACUUUUGAGGCAAAGUUGCAACCUCAUCUUUUGUGGACACUUGAACAGGUUAAACAGAAUAUUGAUCUCCAGACACAUCAGCAUAUAGAUGCUAGGUCAAAAGCUAGGUUUGACGGUGUGGCUCCAGAGCCAAGAAAGGGAAUACGAGGUGGUCAUGUGCCGGGGAGUAAAUGUAUUCCGUUUGCUCAGAUGCUGGAUAGUUCGCAGAUGUUAUUGCCUCCAAGCGAACUUAGAAAAAGGUUUGAGCAAGAAGGUAUCUCUCUUGAUAGUCCUGUAGUUACCUCUUGUGGUACUGGCGUGACUGCUUGCAUACUUGCUUUGGGCCUCCAUCGGCUUGGGAAAACUGAUGUUGCAGUCUACGAUGGAUCGUGGACCGAAUGGGGUUCACACUCAGACACCCCAGUCGCUGCCACUCAAGUUGCUAGUGCAUAAGAUUAUUCAGCACCAGCCUUGCUUGCAUCAUAUUUAUUCCGUUUUGAAGAACAUGAGGUGGACCUGUACGGAAUUGUUGGUUGUACAUGAGUUGACAAAGAGAGAUUCAUCUCCGAUCUUUUCUUAUCAACCUUUAAGGACUCUGGAUGCAAUUUUCUCGACUUUUGAGUACUAAUAUAUGCCAUUAAUUGAAACUUCCGUUGCAAAAUUAAGAUCAUUGGUAUGAA